UCUGUCUGUUGUCCGGUUAUUAAAAACAUGGUACUCCAGUCAUCAUUAAAGAACUGCCUUCAGCUAUCCUGCAUCCUCAGGACUCCAAAAGCUGGCUUCAGAAGCACAACUAGUGGAAGCCUCAUUAUCCAGUCUAUUUCUAAUGAUGUUUACCAAAAUCUAGCUGUGGAAGACUGGAUCCAUGACCACAUGAAUUUAGAGAACCGACAGGUUCUUUUCCUUUGGAGAAAUUCCCCUGCUGUGGUAAUAGGGAGACAUCAGAAUCCCUGGCAGGAAUGUAACCUCAAGCUAAUGAGGCAAAAAAAUAUAAAACUAGCCAGGAGAAGAAGUGGAGGAGGGACAGUUUACCAUGACUUAGGCAAUAUCAAUUUGACUUUCUUUACAACAAGAAAAAAAUAUGAACGAAUGGAAAACUUGAAGCUAGUUGUGAAGGCACUGAAAGCCUUGCGCCCCCAGUUAGAUGUACAUGUCACUGACAGAUACGACAUCUUGCUAGACCGGCAAUACAAAAUCUCAGGUACUGCUGCAAAGCUGGGAAGGACAACUGCUUAUCACCACUGUACCUUACUCUGUAACGCAGAUAAGUUUGUUUUAUCUUCUGUGCUAAAAAGUCCUUAUAAAGGGCUAAAAAGCAAUGCCACUCCUAGUGUGCCUGCCUCAGUGAAAAAUCUCUUUGAAGAGGAUCCUAGUUUAACUUGGAAGAUGCUCCUGGAUGCCAUUGCUGAAGAAUAUGCUACGCAACACCAAAUAGAUCAUCAUAUCACCUUAAUAAAUCCAGCUGAUGAGACAGCGCUUCCUGGAAUUAAUAAUAAAGCUAAAGAACUACAAAGCUGGGAAUGGGUGUAUGGAAAGACACCAAAGUUCAGCGUUAGCACUUGUUUUAACAUGGUGCAUAAAGAUUCUGUUCUUGACGUUAAAGUAGAUAUGGAUGUAAAGCAUGGAAGGAUUGAAGUCUGUCACAUUAAUCUGCCGGAGCAGUGGCUGCCCCCAGCACUGUGCAGCGAACUGGUGAAGAGCCUUACGGGCAGUAAGUUUUGCCCAAAUGAAACCACUACACUAGCCACAACAUUACUAAGAGUGUGUCCACAAGAUGAUGAGCUGCACAGCAGGUGGAAUCUGCUUUGUGAGAAUAUGGUGAUGUUAAUGUGACUUGCAUUUUGAAAAUCUAAGUUAAACUUCUGCUGCUUUUUAAAUUUAAUUUAUUGAAAACAAAAUUAAAACAUUAA